AUGGUUGGAAUAGAAGCGCUGCUCCGCAACACCAAGGCAACUGAGCCCUUCCACAUUAUUGAACCAUUCGUACGAUUAUUUGAAAUCAAUGAUACAGAAGAAAUAUUAAAUGUUAUUUCUGCCGCCUUGACGGAGCUCCUUGAUGUAAAUUACGACGCCAGUAAUGACCGGGAACUAUCUCAACAAUGCGAACGCUACACUCGAUGGAAACAAGCUGUCGAGACUUCGGGCUUAAAAAGUUUGGGAGUCGGGGAACGCCCAGGCUUCCAAAGCUUUAAGGCACGUCUCGUUGAAGCCCGUGAUAAGACAUUCCGCACAUCUUGUACCAAGUUUUUCGCUAAGAAGACUGCUGCCGCGACGUCUACUCCUGCUACCACUGCCAGCACAUUUCGUCGCUCGGAUCGAAUUAAGGGGAUCCGGCCAUCAGAGCUUACAUCUAAGCUAAAAAACACAACCAAUAAUGUCACUCCUAUCUCCUUCAUUGAUGCCGGGAUCUGUGAGCUAACGAAUACCUCUGUUUUAACGCAAAUGAUCUAUUCUGUUUCAAAACCUAAACCCCGAGUCAAAACUAUCCAUGCAUUCACUGGUGAAAAGUUUUUAAAAGACAAGAAGGUGAAUAGUAGAGAGAUGUAUGUUCAGAAAAAGCAAAAGAUGUUACGUCCAUUAAUACAGGAUGUCUGUCCAUCAGCAUAG